AUGGCUCUGAUACCAGCGCACGCGUCGAAUCUGUGGUACAUGCGGUUCUAUUUUGCAGAGAUGAACUUGACUGCGAAAGUGGGCGACCGGCGGUUUGAUAUUCUGCUGGGGAGUGGCAGUCGGGUGGUGGCUCUGGGGAAUAGAAUCGGGCUGCUGGGCGGGCGAGGUGGGAGUGGGAGUGGGAGUGGUGGUGCUGGUGUUGGUGCUGCUGGUGGUGGUGCUGCUAACUCGGCAGCAGAAGCAGCAUUAGGAUCAUCAUCAUCAGCAGCAGCAGCGGCAGCAGCGGAAGCAUCUUCGGAUUUCGACAUUCUCUCGCACGUGCCGCCCCGCACGGCCCUCAUAGUCCCCCUCCUCUUCAACUUCUCCCGCUUCUCCCACGGCCGUUCAGAGGACCUGGAGGUAGGCGUGCGCACAGCAGCCAAUAGCACGCUGCCAGCUGUCCUGAGUGCUGUGGAGCUGUUUGAAGUGGUGCCAGUGUCUCUAGAGAAAGAGGAGGAGGAGGGGGAGGAGGAGGUGGAUGUGGUACAGGGCUCGGGGGAAGCGGAAUCGGGAAUGAGUGACGGCGGGGAUGCGGCGAGGGGGAGAGUUGGUCGGCGGUGCUGCGCCGCGGCUAGGCGGAGACUGGAUUGGGGGGAAGCGGCGGACGACCGUUCCGCAAGUGAGGGGGGAGCCGCUACUAGAGCCGCGCCGGAAGCUGCGGUUGUAGUGCGGAGCAAGAAGCGGAUUUCAGUACACGUGGCAGCUCGGGAGGGGGACGUAGAGGCGCUGCGCGAUGCGCUAACAGUUAGACCUGGUGCUAUUAACGAGAGGCAAUUGCCGGUGUGUCAGACGCCUCUCCAUCUCGCCGUGGCGGAGGGGCACCUCGAGGCUCUCCGGUUUCUCCUGGACUGGAGGGGGUCGUGCGGCGGGGCAGAAGUGAAGGCAGACGUGGAAGCGCGGAACAUGUUCGGCGAGACACCUGUUCACGUGGCGGCCAAGAGCAGCAACGCGGAUGCCAUUCGGCUGCUGCUACGAGCAGGCGCUCGGGCGGACGUCGCUGCCACGAACGGCAUGACGCCUGUCCAUCUCGCCGUGUGGGCUGCUGUGCAAUCUGCUAGUAGCAACACUGGCAGCGACACUGGUAGCAACUUCAACUGCAGCAUUGCCGCCCAUCCGCCUAGCAAGCCGCUAGCCACAGCAGAAUCAGCACCUGAAGCGACACCUGGGCCAGCAAAUUCACCUGAAUCGGCACCUGGAUCACAGCAGCUAGCGCAGCAGCAGCAGCAGCACCUGACGCAUCAAGCAGACCCAGCAGUCUCUCCCUCUAAACCAUCUCCAUUGCGCCACUCCCAAGGGGAACUCUCCCCCAAACCACUCUCCCAUGGGGAGCUCUCCCCCCGACCACUCUCCCCCUGCUCCUCUCGUCCGCUCUCCCCCCAGCCCCUCUCCCCUCAACUGCUUUUCCCGGGCGCCUACGGUUCUGCCUUCCCCACCUGCCCGCCACCCACACCAUCGUCGCCCACCAGUUUCGACUCCCUACCUGCUGCUGCUGCUUCUGCUGCUGCAAACAGGUCUAUGUUCUCCCCGUCUGCUGCUGCUGCUGCUGCUGCUGCUGGUUGUGCUGCUGGUGCUGGUUGUGGUGUUGCAAAUGGUGGUGCUGCUGCUGCUGGUGGAGUGAAGGGUGGUGGCAGCAGGGGGUGUGGUGGUGGAGUGGUGGCGGCCGUGGCAGUGCUGCUAGAAGCCAAUGCAGACCCGUGUGCUGUGGAUAAGGAUGGAAAUACGCCCAUGGCGCUGCUUCCCAGUCGAGCCACGCGGUGCUCUGUGUGCCGAGAGGUGCAGGCUCUGCUGCAACGACACAUCAGCAGGCGAACAAGGCUGCAGGCUGAAUUGGCAGUGCACGGAGCAAAGCUAGUAAUGGAUCAGCUUGAAAAGGAGCUAUCCUCGUUAGUAGGCCUCCACUCGUUAAAGCAGCAGCUAAGGACAUGGGGGAAAGGUCUCCUACUAGACCAAAGGCGCCGGGCACUUGGGCUGCCCGUUCCUCCCCGCCGCGCCCCACACAUGGCUUUUCUGGGCAGCCCGGGCACCGGAAAAACCACCGUGGCGCGGGUGCUUGCCCGGAUGCUGGCCCUGGUGGGUGUUUUACCCUUGAAUAGGGUCGUCGAAGUGCAAAGAACGGACCUAGUAGGGGAAUACGUGGGGCAUACGGGUCCGAAAACGAGGAGGAAGAUCGAGGAAGCAGAGGGAGGGAUUUUGUUCGUAGACGAGGCUUACAGGCUCAUGCCGUGUCAAAGGAGUGAGGAGAAAGACUAUGGGAUAGAGGCUUUGGAGGAGAUUAUGACAGUUAUGGAUUCGGGGAAACUGGUGGUGAUUUUUGCGGGGUAUGCGGAGCCUAUGCAGCGGGUUUUCGAGGCUAAUGAGGGGUUUAAGCGGCGCGUUACUAAGUGUUUUACUUUUGAUGAUUUGAGUCCGAGCGAGAUUGCAAGGGUGAUGCUGCUGAAGAUGGGGUAUGGCCAGGGGAGGGAGCAGGGGAGGAGGGAUGUUCAGAGGGAGGAGCAGGGGAGGUUGGGUGGUCAAGGCGGGGAGCAGGGGAGGUGGGUUGGCGUGGAGAAGACAUGUGUUGAGAAUUCUCAGCAAGUGGAGGAGAAGCAGAUUCGACAGAAGGGGGAUGUGUUUGGGAGGCAGAUGGAGCAGACGCAUCAAGGCGGAGGGGUGCAAUGGGGGAGGGAGAUUGGGGAGCGAGUGGAGGAGCGAAGGGAGGAAGAGAUGGUACUGCAGGGGAAGCAGCAGGAAGAAGGGGCAGAUGACAGGAACGAGGGGAGUGGGCAGGGGGGGGAGUGCAGCAGUCUGGCUGACCCGUCAUGUUCGAAAGAGGCGUUGACGGAUGCGAUCAUGGUGCACACAACAACAAAGCAGAGAAAAGAGAGGAAAAUGGAGGCAUGGCGGCUCCACUCCUUGUGCUCGGAAGAGGGGCUGGCAGAGGCAAUCAUAGCACACACGACAGAGAAGCAGCGCAAGGAGAGGAACGGAGGAAUGGCGGUGCCGGUGCUGCUGGAUGCCCGGGACCAUUUGGACCUGAGGCUGCCCCUGGACUGCUGCUGUGAAGAACAGCUCAUGACCAUCCACAUGCACGAUAUUGAAGCCGCGCUGGGGAUGCUGCCACCGUGA